AUGGCCGACGCCGCCGGAGACCGUGUCAUGUGUCAUGCUUGCGGCGGCGUCUGGCCGCGCAGCGAGCACGGCCUGAUUUGUCCGCAAUGCCAGUCGGACUUUACCGAGAUUGUCGAAAUCCCUCCCGACCCCGAUGAAGCGCCGUCUCUUACCUCCGACCGUCCCGACUCUGCUGCCUCUCCCCGAUCUGCCGGCUCUCCACUCAACCCUUGGGCUGAUCAUAACCCCUGGGCUGCCCAAGGUGAUCAUGACCGUAAUGAUGGCAAUCAGCUCCGGGAUUCCGGAGGUGGAUUCCAGCAUCGCACAUACCGAUCCCCGGACGGUCGCUUCACUUUCUCCACGACCACCUACACGCAUGGCUUCGGCGGGCAGUCACCGUCCACGCAGACCACUUCGAACCUCGACCCGUUGCUGAUGGUACAGAAUAUGGACAACAUUUUCCGGGGUUUAACAAGCACCUACCACAAUCGCGAGCGUUCGGCCUCUGUGUCCAGCUCGGGCCAGGCCUCUAGCCAGCCUCGGGGACAGGGACAACGUCUGGGCUCUUUUGAAUUCAAUAUUGAAACAGGGAAUUCCGCAACGUCCAGCCAGGAUGGUGGCCUACAUCCUCGAGACGCGGAUGGUCCGCAGCCGAUAAAUAAUCCGCUGCGGACCUUGAGUGAUAUUCUUGAGUUAUUCCGUACAGAUUUGGGUGCCAACGCCCAAGCGGCUGGAAAUGGCGGCGCACGAGGGGUGACAGGGACCAACCCGCUGGCGAUGCUGUCGUCGCUAUUGAGUUUCGAUCGAAUGGGCGACGCGGUCUAUUCGCAAGAGGAGCUAGACAGGGUGAUCUCUCAGCUGAUUGAUCAGACUGCCAACCGCGGCGCACCUCCUCCGGCUCCUGCAACUGCUAUUCGAUCCCUGCCGAAGAAGAAGGUUGACACGGAAAUGCUGGGCCAUGAAGGCCGAGCUGAAUGCUCGAUUUGCAUGGAUGCUGUGGAGGUUGGGACCGAAGUGACUGUGCUUCCUUGCAAGCAUUGGUUUCACUAUAAUUGCAUCGAGCUUUGGCUGAACCAACAUAACACCUGUCCUCAUUGCCGGCGGGGUAUAGAUUCCCCCCAGACUGAAGGAACAAGCGAUAACCCGGUGGUAAUCGCCGAUAGUCCUGAGCCUGUUUCGCGGCGCACAAGCAGUGCCGCGGCCAACCCCGGUAGAUCGUCUCAGCCGCCCCCUGGCGCUUGGCCUGAACAAUCACCCUCAUCGUGGAGCUCGCGGUCAUUCUCAUCUUGGUCAGCUACCCAGGACCGGAAUCAUGGACAGGACCAACGACGAGAUAGCCGUGGUGAGGGAUCUAGCACUGGCUCCGGAUUUACGGGCUGGGUGCGCAAUCGGUUGGGAGGAGGGGGAAGCAGCAGCUAG